AUGGAGGUGAGAUGGGAAGCCCAAGAGAUAAGGACUUCUAGGAGAAAUAAGAACAACGAGUUAAACUUCAUGAAAUUAGUGUGCUCUAAGGAAGGGAAGUACCUAUCUCCCAUUGCUCGAGAAUGGAAAGCCCAGCCAAGUCAAAAAACUCAAUGUCCUGCUGGAAUCACAAUUGCUAUGAAAGAAGGAAGAUGGCAGGUGAGAACAGUUAUUAAUGAACACAACCAUGACACGUGUCCGAAUAACUCCAACCGCAUACAUGGUAAUCGAAUACUUAAUAUGCAUGCGAAGCACACCCUUAAUAUGAAUCAUGAUGCUGGUGUUCACAUUAACAAAAGUUUUAUAUCUUUGGUUAAUGAUGCCGGUGGAUUUGAAAAUGUUGCUAUGGGCCAGGAGAGCGCUUGGCAUAAGCUAUCACGCCAUAAAUUUUUAAAAAAUUACAAGAAAAUUUCCCAUUAA